UGGUUAGCCGGGUGUAAGUGCGGUGUGGAUUCGCCCAACCCACACGUCAACCACAUCGAGCCAUUGAGUUUUCACCGUCUCGACUCGCUUCGUUUGCCUUGCCUUAGCUCUAUGCUCGAUACCCCAUAACUCAAGUUACUUACCGCAUGUAGCGGGCGGGUUCUUGCCGUAGCCAACGGAAAACCGUGGAGUCGGUGGAUGAUGUGGCUGUCAGUAAAUGGACCAAAGAAAAAAAAGAAGAGUGAAAAAGUCAGGUUUUGUUUAUCUUUUUCUCGGUUGUUGUUGCAUUGUCAAUGAGUCGGUCUAGCAAGACUAGUCGUCAGUAGUAGAAUCGAUAUGGUGUAUAAGGAACGCACUCCAUCUCCAUCUUGAGAUCGGUUCGCCUCGCUUGGCUUCCCCAUUGCUUGCUUGAUCAUUCUCGUGAGGCCGUGAUCUGUGCCUUCCAUCAACCGCACUGCAUCUCACUCUACAUCGACCAUUGUUUCCACCUGCACACGACUUUACGACCUUGUCUCACGACCAAUAUUUGAAGAAAAUUCAAAACACGGGACAUUUCAGUUUCGAUCAAUGUUGUGCCAACCUUUCGAGUUUUCGCUACAGAACGAUCCUUGACCAUUUCUUUGCAUGCCCGCAACCUUCAACUUGACAUCCGCGAGAUUACAUUGUCUCAUUCAAGUCUAAGACCUGGGCGACUCGACUCGACUCAAUUCAAUUCUGAUCGACCUAGUUUCGAUAGAUUUAAGUUCCAGUUCAGUUCAGUCCGCAUUUUGGCGCUUAUUUUCGAGUCUCCCUUGAUAAGACUCUCCCUUGGGUUCCCUCUGGAUUCUCGACUUUGCCGCGACUGUCUAUAACACCAGCUUACGGCCCUCUCCCUUUCUUCAGCUUGCUCUUAGACUCCUCACCUGAGCUAUUGGGUCUGGUCUUGGGUGUGCUCGAUCCCCGGAAUUAGCAUUGCUCCCUUGCAUUUGCUACUCAUCCAGCCAACCUGCUGGGGUCUUACUUACAAGCAAGCUUCUAUUUACACAAACAGAUCACCACCUUGUCGACACCAACCAGUCACACUGGUAGUUGGUUCGAGGUCUUUAAAACUUACAUCAUCCUCGUCGUUGGUUCCUUUGUUCAAUUCACAAAAUAGCGCCAUGUUGCCAUCCAAAUUUGGGAGUGUGCGGCAGAAGCAGCCUGAACGCCGAACCAGUUUACGACUUGAUCCCAGCAUAGUGGCUUUGAGAUACGAGAAGACAAUACCAGCAGAACCUCCGAUUCUCAUUGUCUCACGAGACCCUACUCGGCUCUCACGCCGUCCUUCGUCUUCUUCGGCAUCAUCUCACAGCUCCCGCCACCGUCCUAUUGUGAUUGUACCUCCUGGUAUUGUUGCACCGCCUGCCGAGGAGCACCCGGCCCUCCGAGGCUCGUCAUCAUCAUCAUCAACACCAACUCUCAGGACUUCUCCCGUGUCAGUGGAAGAGUGGAAGCGUGAUUCUGGGGUUGCUAGAAACAAGUCUACUUCAACAAUUCACGAAGAAGAGGACGAAGAUGGCCACUCGGAACCCGAAUGCAAAAACAAGAUUCCUGCAGUGGAAUCAAACGCAUCAUCACUGGUAUCAUCCGUCAUGCCGCAGCCCAGUACGACAACGCAGCGAGACGAAGAUCCAUUUGUGGAUGAGAAUAGCAUCUUUGAGCCGCUAACAUCAAUACCUACCGAUCCCUUUUGUGUCGUGUACAACGCUCGAUGCACCACGCCGCCUCCUCCACCUCAGGUGUCCCACUCUGAUACACCUUUACCAUUACCUGCACCUGCAACACCUACUCGACCAAGUAGGACGGCUGCUUCCACUGUCCCUUUCUCUAUUCCUUACUCUGAGUGCCUUGCAGGCAAAGUUCCCUCCUCCCCAACAUACCCUCCUCUGUCAGGUUCUCGCUCUCACAAAUCUCCCUGUUCCUCGAUCCCAUCGUCACCUCGUACUUCUUGUUCUUCGUCUCCCCCCACAAUCUCCAAGGGCAUAUCAAGAUCAGGGUCCUCUCGGUUCGGUACAUUUUCGCAAAUGUUCAACACCCCAAUUCAACCCUUGUGGCGGGGCACCGCUAGCACCGCCAAUUCCAGCGCGUCUAGUACCCCAACCGUCAGUGCACAAUCCACUAUUACCACAGCCCUUGGCGCCACUGCCAACGCUACCGUCAACGCUCCAGCCACUGAUGCCGAUACGGCGAUUGAUUUGGCUGAGUCUGGGUCGCUUCCGUCGGAUAAGGAACAGGGCUCUUCCCGUUUUUGGAACAGGUCCCGUUCUGCCUCCACAACCUCGAAUAAUAGCACUAGCACUGCUACAUUGGCGGGCACCACAACCACUUCAUCUAAUAACGAUCUCCCCUUUGUUCCCCUCGACGUGUCUAUCCCUUGCGAAAGUCUCCUCGAUGAUGCCUUCAUGAACACUGUUUCUUUUUCCAAUCGCGGCAGCAUCAUGUUGGGAGCUCAAGACGCCGCCGCCAUCGACGGCGCUAUCAAACAGCACACCAUGUCAAUUAAUUCGUCCUCUUCUACCUCAACCUCUACAAACGCCGACACGUUCGCGACCGCAAACAAUGACGAGAGCGACUCGGGCCGCGCCACCCCAACUCCCACUCCCUCAACUACUGCUCCUCGUUCCAUCACUCCUACUCCUACAACGCCAACGACCCCAAAGUCACAGACCCUUCCUCGACCCAGCGACGAGUCCAACGACAUGAAUAAUUCUGUUAAGGGGGCAGGCGAUGGUUCUCCUCAGGGCCUGAUGUCAACCCCCGACAUUCGUGUCUUGGCCGCCGACGUGGAGAAGGAAUCUCAAAAGGUGAGAUCGCUCUAUACUGUUGGCGAUGGUUCUCACGGUGAGCCUGGCAAGAGGCACUCGUACUGCGAGCGUCUUGAACCAACUCCCGAGGUCCCGUCCGAGGAGAAUGAACUUGACCCUGUUCCAAAUCACCUUUCUCCGCCCUGGCAAAUGCCCGCAUCUGGAAGUUCUUCUUCCCUGCGGUCUAGAGGUGGAGGGCUCGAAGAUUGGGAUGACCUUGAAGGUGCCCACGUUGACCGAUAUGGCUUCAUCACACUACCGCCUCCGCCUGGCUCAAGAAUGGGCACACCAACAGAGACGCGGUCAGCCUCGGGCUCCCCAAGAAAACGUAGCUUGCUACAGAAACGAGACCCCUAUAGUUUGACAUCCACUCUCAGUGGUAGUGGCCGACGGACUCCAACCAGGAAGGUUUCCGCAAGGUCGCUCAACACACAAACAUCCGAAUUAUCAGUAUCAACAUCGCUUCGCUCAUCUCGAUCAGUAAUACGGCAAGCCAGCAACUUGCUGCCCCACAAUCGCGACAGGCGGUGGAUGGACGAAGCAGGUGACAUGCUCAAUGCAGCCCCCAGCCUUCAGGACAUCGUGGACGAGAUUCAAGCCGAGAAGUUAACAGAAGUUAUGAAGCGCAAGGAAUGGGAAAGGUCAGAAAAAUGGAGGAAAAUGGCUAAAGUUGUUCGUAGGGGCGGCGAGGGUGAGGGCAUGGAGUUUGAGUUCGACAUGCGAAACCCGAAGCUGAUUGAAAGGACAUGGAAAGGAAUACCCGACCGAUGGAGGGGAGCAGCUUGGUGGUCUUUUAUGGCCACCAGCGCGAGGGAACAUGAGGGAUCACCCUCCGAGGAGAGAAUCGUAGCCGAAUUUCAUCGGCUCCAGCGACGAAGCUCCCCAGACGAUGUACAGAUCGACUUGGACGUGCCCAGGACCAUCAGCCGCCAUAUCAUGUUUCGACGACGUUAUCGAGGAGGCCAGCGACUACUGUUUAGGGUCCUCCACGCGAUAUCAAUCUACUAUCCUGAGACAGGUUAUGUUCAGGGCAUGGCUUCGCUAGCGGCAACACUGCUAUGCUACUUCGACGAAGAGAAGUGCUUUGUAAUGCUGGUGCGAAUGUGGCACCUCCGUGGACUGGCCCGUCUAUAUCGUCCAGGUUUUGAGGAACUCAUGGCAGCCAUGGGUGACUUCAGUAAGCACUGGCUCAACAAGGAAGUAGCCAGUAAACUGGUGAGUCUGAAGCCUCUCGAUACCCCAAGUUAGGCACUGACAAUUCUAGGACGAGCUGUGCAUUGACACUACUGCUUAUGGUACACGCUGGUACCUGACGCUAUUUAACCUUUCCGUACCCUUUCCAGCCCAGCUGCGAAUCUGGGAUGUCUUCCUCCUAUUGGGUGAUGACCAGCCUUCUAUGCCUGAAUCACGAAAGUCCGAGAGCAACACUCCUCAGACAGGGGAAUACGAUGUUUUGCACGCUACUAGUGCAGCAUUGGCUCAAGCCCUUCGAGAGGUCCUCUUGGACGCGGAAUUCGAGAACGCCAUGAAGGCAUUAACAUCAUCUAUCCCUGUCAAAGAUGAGGAUCUUUUGAUGAAAGUGGUCAAGGCGGAAUACAAACAACACCACGGCAAGAAGAAGACGUAGCAAGUCUUACUGCCAUGACUCAAGUCCAACGGGGGCAUUCUCCUUUGUCUUUUGGUCUGCUUUCUCUUUGUACAUGCGAAGCUGUAUCACGAUACCCUUCAAGGUUCUUUCCUGUUUUGCGUUGCGUUGCGUUGCUGAUACCCCCUUCAUGCUGCGGCCUCUGAGGGACCACAUGCCUAAACGAGGCCAUUCUUUUCUUUGCAUUGGUUCAUGGGUGCGUCAUGGAUUCAGAAAAAAGGAUGGGAGUUUUUCCCUUUUGGUGGUUGAUAGCGUUUGGAGCCACGGAACCUAAUCUUAUAUACCCCUCCGGGCAUCACUUUGUUUUACUGUCUUGCUUCCAGGGUUGCUUUGAUGAGGCUUGGGGAAAUACGGCGUGCGAUUGCACUUUAAUGUACAUGAGGAGGAUAAAGAGAGGGCAAAAGAUGUAGAAUAAGGAGAGCCGAGAGGUGAACCAAGGAGCGGGCGCUAUGUUAGGUUGUUAGCCUCGAAGUUAAUGUAACUAUGCAGUAUCAUUGAAGACAUUUCCAGUACUUUGC